UGCGAGGUUCCUUGGAGGUUAGGGUGGCCAUUUUUCUCGGCGCGUAUUACCCCGGACUGUGCCUUCCGUGCCGCGCAACCUUCCUGGCACUCGUCGCCCACUAAUCGCGCGGAUCGUGGAAAACUCGUCGGCGCGUCACGUGGUGCGAUUACACGCCCGGUUCUAUCCCGUUCGCGUUUAACGGUCGAGGUGUGUGGACCGAGACACUGGUGGUGCGCGCUUAUUACGCGCUUUUCGGCACGCAGGUACCGGGACCUCCUGGUGAACAUUAUUAACCCUGGCAGCGAUUACUGUAACCAACGUGGUCUCGUCGUCAUCCUCGGCAACGAGAGGCAGGAUUGUUCAGGAGCGGUUAGCGGCGACCGGCCGAAUUGCCAAGGAGAGACGAAGAGGAAGAGGAGAUAAAGUAGUGAGUCGCAGAGUCGCGCCCCGUAUAUCGAUACGAAUGACGAAGAUGCAGCAACACCCGGUGCAGGCGGCGCAGCGGAUCACGCACGAGGACCACAUACUGGAGGCGAUCGAUCAACUCCGUCGACGUAAAGCGCGUCCCGAUGCCGAUCGCAUUUGCAACUAUCUGCUCCGGAAUUACGCGGUGGACGCGCGCGACACGAUCGCCGAUCUUCACCGGCUGAUCGAGGUCGAGAAGGUGAUCCAGGUCGACUACAAGGGUAACACCAGUUACCGUAACGCAAAGAAGUGGACGCGAUUGCAGCUCUUUAAGAAUCGACCGGAAGGUUUUCUCAAGGAGAAACUCAACUCGGGCAUGGUGUCAAGUGCGGUCGCCGAGCUCGUGGUCGAGGAGCCCGAUUACCUUGACCAGGGCGUCCCCGCCGGUCGUCUCAUCGAGCAGCUUCUCGACGGUGUCUCGAGCCCGACGUCGCGUCGCGUGGUCGAGGAGUUUCUCGGUCGGGAGGUCGCGUGCGGCAAUCUCGCGCGCCUGUCCAACGGCAAUUACUCGCUGGUGGCGACGUCCGACAUGACGACGGACGCGACACCGUCGCGACGCGGCGGCGACUCGCAGCCGUCCUCCUCCGCGGCGGUCGCCUGCGCCCUGGAGAACGGCAACGCGACGCAGCGGCGUGUCGGUAAGGAGGCUGCUACCAACGGCACCCUCACCAAUGGCACCAACGGUAUAACGACCAAGGCGACCAAGACAGCGGCGGCAGCGGCAGCGGCGACUGCGGCUGAGCUCUACGAGUUCAACGAGACGGAUAACCUUACCGACACUACGUCCAACACAUCGCGAUCGUCCUCGCGACAGACCAACGAUAGUCCGAAACUGGAUCGGCAACUGCAGCAGCAGAAUUCCAUCAAGAGGAAGGAAUGCUACGAGGUCAACGACAAGAAAAACGUCGAACGCGGCGGUAUCGCGUCCGUCGAGGUGGCAUGCAACGGCGCCGUCGUCGACGGUGAUAAACGAGAACGCAAUUCUCUGGUGAUAGCUACGCCAACGUCAACGAUUAGCAAUAACGUCAAGGACGAACCAAAGAGCAACGAUGUCCAGAAGAUUACGUCUAACCUUAAAAGGUCCGCCAAAGCCGAGCGCAAGCAACGUCUGUUUGCCAGAACGGACGACCGUAUGGACAUCGAGAUUAAGUUCGAAGACUACCAACAGACCAAGGACGAGCGAGAGAAACGCGAGGAAACCGGUCGACGAUCCAGUGAAGAUCGUGAGGAUGAGGACGCCGGCAGGAGCUCGUCGACAAACACAUCCCCGACUCCGUCCAACGUAAAUACUGCCGGAUUCCGCAGCGCCAGGAGAAAGAGAGCUAGAAAAGUGUUUGAUCCUUCGGAUAAUAAUUUGGUGAAGCGCAAACGAGGUAGACCAGGUCAUAAAAAUUCGUUGGUGCAAGAACAAGAUUCUGCUAAGGUAACUGUCAAGGAUGGACCGUUUAGGCAAUGCAGUCUCUGUGCCAAAGAGAAACAAGAAGCUCUCGUAGCCUGCAGGGAUUGCACAGUGCGAGCACAUCCGAGUUGCAUUUAUAGUCCAGAGGAAAUGCUACAAAAAGCCAACAGCAAUUGGCAAUGCGAGCGCUGUAAAACCUGCACAGUAUGUUGCGAGACUUCUGACGCUGGUCCGUUAGCGACUUGUUACAGCUGCGAUGACGCCUAUCAUUAUUUUUGUCAUCCGUCCCGCGUUACAAUAAAAUCGAACACUAAAUGGUAUUGCAAUGAGUGCAUGCAAAAACAGCAGAGCAAGAUGAAUGACAGUCAAAACACUCAUUCGGUUAAUGGAACAAGCAGACCGGACAGCCCAUCAAGCACAACUAUCUUACCGCCAGUUUUAAGUCCGCAAGUUUCUCCCAUGAGGGGUUCUUCCGAAAAUAUUCCUGACGCUAGAAAUUGGACUUCCGAACAAGUAUAUCAAUACUUUGCUAGGUUAUUUCCCAAGGACGCUGAAGUCUUCCGGCAGCAGGAAAUAGACGGCCACGCGCUUCUAAUGAUGAGUCGAAAGGACGUUGUGUGCGGACUCAAUUUGCUAUUAGGUCCUGCUUUGAAAAUAUACCGACAUGUUUUGAAGCUUCAGUUUCGUAGGGAUGAUCCUGAAUUGUAUUGGCAAUAAUACUUACGAAUUUUACUUGAAAUUAAUCUCUAUUAUA